CCGUCCCAGCCCUCCUCACGUUGCGAGCUCCCAACCACUGGGCCAGGGUCUGAGUCCACGGGCUCACGGGCCUGGCCUGUGGCACGCGCCGCUGACCCCUUCGGCACCCGGCACUAACCUGGCGCCUCCGAAAUGGUCGUUGACUGAAUUAAGGAACAGAUGCGUCCACUCUGUCCUCGCAGAAUGUCCUGCCGGGCCAUCAGUGCCAUACUUGUCUGGGACGGGCGUUAGGCCUACAAUCACCUCCUGUACCUUCAUCUCUCUUCGUCAGUGGUUCUUGAAGCAGCACCGUCUGGGACAUUUUACAAAUGAACAUUUUCUCAUCCCACCCAGACCUACUGCAUAGGAAACCGAGUAUGGAGCCCAGCCACCGGUAUCUUAGCAAGUCCUCCAGGUGAUUCUGAGGCACGUUAAAGUUUGAGACGCACUGUUUGAUACUUAACAGCAGUGCUGUCAGCCGCGGGGAAGGGCCGAGAUGAUCACCCCCAAUUUACAGAGGAGGCACCUGAGGCUUAAAGAGGAUGUGUCUUGCUAAAGCCCACACGACUGUCGUGUGGGAGAGCUGUGACUAGGACCCAGGUCUUCUGACAUAUAGUCCAAUUCUCUUUCUACUCUCAACAAGUAUUUAUUGAGUGACUACUGUGUGCCAGGCACUGUUUUAGGCCCCGGAGAAGAUGCAAAAUAAAAUCCCUGCUGUCCUGGACCUGAGAGUGGAAAGAGGCUGUAAAUACACAAACGAGUGCAAAGAGAAGAAAUACAAUUAUGAUCAAUUGCCCACGACAUCUGUCAUCAUAACAUUUUAUAAUGAAGCCUGGUCAACUCUCCUUCGGACAGUUUACAGUGUCCUCGAGACAUCCCCAGACACCCUGCUAGAAGAAGUUAUCCUUGUAGAUGACUACAGCGAUCGAGAGCACCUGAAGGAACGCCUGGCCUCCGAGCUGGCCAGGCUGCCCAAGGUCCGCCUGAUCCGCGCCAACAAGAGGGAGGGCCUGGUGCGGGCACGGCUGCUGGGGGCUUCCGCGGCCAAGGGCGACGUGCUGACCUUCCUGGACUGCCACUGCGAGUGCCACGAAGGGUGGCUGGAGCCGCUGCUGCAGAGGAUCCAUGAAGAGGAGUUGGCAGUGGUGUGCCCUGUGAUCGAUGUGAUCGACUGGAACACCUUCGAGUACCUGGGGAACGCUGGGGAGCCCCAGAUUGGCGGUUUCGACUGGAGGCUGGUGUUCACGUGGCACGUGGUUCCCGAGAGGGAGAGGAUCCGCAUGCGGUCCCCCAUCGAUGUCAUCAGGUCUCCAACCAUGGCUGGUGGGCUGUUUUCUGUGAGUAAGAAAUAUUUUGAAUACCUGGGGUCUUACGAUACAGGAAUGGAAGUUUGGGGCGGAGAAAACCUCGAAUUCUCAUUUAGAAUCUGGCAGUGCGGGGGGACCCUGGAGACACACCCGUGUUCGCACGUUGGCCACGUUUUCCCCAGGCAAGCUCCCUACUCCCGCAACAAGGCUCUGGCCAACAGUGUCCGCGCAGCGGAAGUGUGGAUGGAUGAAUUUAAAGAGCUCUACUACCAUCGCAACCCCCAGGCCCGCUUGGAACCCUUUGGGGAUGUGACAGAGAGGAGGCAGCUCCGUGCAAGGCUCCAGUGUAAGGACUUCAAGUGGUUCUUGAGUACUGUGUAUCCAGAACUGCACGUGCCUGAGGACAGGCCUGGCUUCUUCGGGAUGCUCCAGAACAAAGGACUAAAAGAUUACUGCUUUGACUAUAACCCUCCCAAUGAACACGAGAUCACAGGACAUCAGGUCAUUCUGUACCACUGUCAUGGGAUGGGUCAGAACCAGUUUUUCGAGUACACGUCCCAGAAUGAAAUACGCUAUAACACCCACCAGCCAGAAGGCUGCGUGGCGGUGGAGGCCGGAAUGGAUGUUCUCAUCAUGCAUCUUUGCGAGGGAGCCACCCCAGAGGAUCAGAAGUUCAUCUUGCAGGAGGAUGGUUCUUUAUUUCAUGUACAGUCCAAGAAAUGUGUUCAGGCUGAGAGGAAGGAAUUGAGCGACGGUUUUGUACCACUCUUACGAGACUGUACCAACUCAGAUCAUCAGAAAUGGUUCUUCAAGGAACACAUGGUAUGAAGUGUCACUGUACUAUGGAGCCCAUCUAGAGGAGAUGGGGGGAGCCCCUGGACUCCGUGUUUAACAGACUUAGCUAAGCACAGAGACAGACACACCAAACACUUGGCUGCUCUUCUUUUCAUAAGGAAAUCAUUCUGUGAUUUGUGAAAGUGAUGUUGGCUUUAAUAAAAAUGUGAAUAAGCUUUGUACUGAUUUUGAAAACUUUAAAAUUGUUCCCAAAUACCCUGUUUUCAAAGGGUAGUCAUAAAAUGUUAACUCUAGGUAUUCAGAGAAUUAAAAGCUUUAACUAUUUUUCUAUCAAGAUGUAUAUUCUACUGUCAUGUCUUUUUAUUCCCCUUAGCAAAAAGGUAAAUAUUUUAUUUUGGUAUUUGAAAGGAUUCCCAGGUAUGAAGAUGUUUGCAUGGAAAUUAGACUCAUGCAAUGUACUUUGCAUAAAUUGAUAAUACCUCAAACAUUGGGUUAAGAUUUUUCUCAUUGUAGAUAGGUGGACACUGGAACAUUAUAUUGAUUCCUUCAGGUCAUUGAGAUAAUCUAGAUUUAUUUAAUAAAGAAUGCUAUGUGGUUAUGUGUUGCUGUCAUAGUCAAAACUUUAUGUUAGUCGAAGAGGACUCACCAAAGUUGAAACUUCAAGGGAACAAUUUGAUGUACUGGGCUAAUAUAAACUUCAACUGCACAGAGUAGACUUCUGACAGUGCCUAGCUGUGGGAUGGCUGGCUACUUUUAGUAAUUACCACAAUGACUUUAAAACAUGUUUAUAUCAUUUUUAAUUUUUAUCACACAUUAGUGUCAGGGAGAAAUGUAAUGCUGUAUGUGAAAUUCAGUUUUCAAAUUUGUUCAUUAAUAAUAUUUGGUCAUUUCAAUCCAUGAUAGAUUUUGUGCCACAGCAGCUGCUGCAGUUUCUCUUCAUAAUUCUGAUUUGUGAACGAUCCCAGAUCUACUUCUGAGAUCUUGUCAACUUGAUGAAGUCAAUAUGAGUGAUUUUUUUAAAAAAAGCAAGAACAUUGCCAAUCUUUGUUUUUGCAGUCAGUCAGAUGUGAGAGAUGACACACAUGUCUUCAAUUGAUUAAAAAGCAUCAAAUUUUG